AUGAUGAUUAUUCAUGCAGCCUUAUGGUCUGAGGAUCGUAAAGAAGAACGAAGUCUUGUUAUUAAUCCAUCAUCUAUACCUGGUCAAACUACUGGACCGACUUCAAGUAUUAUGUCAUUAAAUCCACCAUUGUGUAUAAGAACACUUGUAGGUCAUUGUACAUCAUCUGCAUACCUACUUAGAGAUCAUACGGGUCAACGAGGAAUUUAUUUUAUAUUUCAAGAUUUAUCAGUCAGAAUUGAAGGUACAUAUACCUUAAAAUUCUCGUUCUGCGAUGUUAGAGGACUAUUAUCUCCAUCAUAUGAAGGAUUUACAAAACUUCGUGGGGAUGUAGCAGCUGAAGUAUAUAGUGCACCUUUUAGGGUAUAUUCUGCAAAAAAGUUUCCGGGUAUGACAGAAUCAACCGCGCUUUCUAAAGCAUUUGCUAGCCAGGGAAUUAAACUUACUAUUCGUAAAGACUUUCGUUAUCAAAGAGUGAAUAAUAACGAUUCAUUAGACCAAACUAAUGAACUUGCCACUACUUCAACUUCAACUCCAAAACUUAGUGAUACAUCACAGGAAGAAAUAAAACGAGAACGAUGA